GACUUUGUACUUGUGGGGGACUGCAGUUAAAAAUAGACUCAUACCCCGAGACCUCCGGCUCAAGCCCGAGCUCAUACUCGAGUCCCGCAUCACGCGUCCGCGUCCUCGACCACGGGGCUCUGACACGGGUAAUGAAUCUGAGGAUCGAAGGAUGUAGUUGCGCCAAUGAGAGGAUGUCAAACUGAGGAUUCCGCCUCACGCUUUUAAACCGUCCCACAGGAAACAUGCUGUCUGCGUCGGACACCGGAGCAGAAUCAGAGCUCUCGGAGCCCAGAGACGAAUCCACUGAGCCUUCAUCAAACGUCUGCGAAUGCCUCGCUCAGGAGAGAAGCACCGAAUUGGACCGUUUGAAGCCUUCAUCAUCAUCCAGCUGUUGGUCCAUGUGUUCCCAGCCUGCACCAAAGGACGAUGAUUUCAGGGUGUGCCGGUGUUUCGGCUCAUCGGAACCUGCGUUCCCUCGUUUACCUCACUUCUCUCGUGACCUUAUUUCAGCUGUAUCUGAGUCUUUUUCCGAGUUACGCCAUAAUCGAAACACAGCGGCCUCCUCUUCUCUCACACAAGGAGGUGUUACACCUCAACCUUUUGGGGCCAUGUCAUCUGCUUCGCAGGGUUUGAUGGAGCCAUUUGUCACUGAGCCUCUUUCCAGCUCUGAACACAGUCCAGAACCGUAUCUAUUGAGUUCGUUUUCACCUCAGUCCGACAGCUUGGAGCGUCAUUCAGCUACAGCGCCUCUUCCAGAACUUUACAUCUCUGAAAGUGAGACGCAGGACUUCAUCCUGAGCCCUCACCAAGAUCCCCGGGAAUUUCAAUGGCCCGAAUACCACCAGUGGGAAGCGGGGGGGCGAAACGCCGACUGCCAUACACAUCAUUUCCCGAUGCGCGAUUCAGACAACGAGGUGACGCGAUGUCGUCUCGGCUCCAGACGAGAGGAACGAGCCACGCUGGACUGUGAGUCAGACGCGAGAGCACCUGCUGCGGCAGCCUGUGCGGAAGCCUUGGUGCCGGUAAAUGACGAGAGGCCAGGGAAUGCACAGACCACUGACUUGACCCCCCAACCACAGCAAAGCCCCAGCCCCGUCGAGCUGUGGCUGGAUGCAUGCCAGUAUCUGGCAGGUGAGGAUACGGAGGACCUGAACGUUUUGGACAAGGCGAGGUAUUCCGUGAUCCAAGGAGGCCUCGCCAGGGACUCGUCUUUCCCCCCGGGGGACACAAAGGUGUCAGGUUACAACCUUGACGAUAGCGAGGGGAUUGGCUGGUCCAGCGAUGACACCAUAUGUUGGGGGCCACCGGUUGAGAGGUGGUCAUCCGUGGACAGCUGGGCCAGCGCACUCUCAGACUGGAGCGGGAUUAUCGCGGCUCCGCCGGAGGACUUCGCGGCUGCCUUCACAGAGAUAGGGGCAGAGAUAGAUGCUCUGACACAGGCGCUAGCUGAGGUAAACACUCAUUUAGAAACAGACCCCCCCAAAGAAGACAAGGGUCAAGGGCCAGCAUACAGGGCGCAAUCACAGCCACCCAUGGGCCUCCAGGAUCAGCAUUUAGAGGCGCAAAACCCGACCGAGAGCUCCAUCCUCUCUGGGCAGAGCUGUCGCUCCUCGUGCCCGGAGGCUGCAGGACCCGAGCUCGGAGACAGAGAGAGAUGUCAGAGCGUCGAAUCGUUGUGCGAUUCGACAGCCGGCGCCCAGGACGAAAAGGAGGCGGAAGAAAUCCAGAACAUCCGGGUUGAGCGCUCGGCGCACCGGCGCUCUUCCGCCGGGUCAUCCUGGGAGACCGUGGCCGCUCCCGGAGGAGGCGGCGCAGAGGUGAUCCCUGGAUCCACUCCUUCCGCUGAUCUGAACCCUCCUCGAUUUGGCGAGCCAGACCGUUUCUUCAACAACAAAGUAGUUUCCAUCCUACUGAAUAUAGUAGAAGAUACCGAUUUGGAGGGACGAGAUACACCUGGAGAUCUGAUGAUUGAGAAGCCCUUUGGAGAUGAAGUGUGUGAAGUGACAGACAAUCACAGUGUCUCCCGGCCGCGCUGGUCGACUGAGCGGGAAGUCGAAAGGAGCCGCGGGCCAGCUGAGGUUGAUCGGGAAGGAACUCUUCGUUUUCACGCCACGCGCGCUUCGGCAAACUCACACGUGCCAGGUGAGCACGCGGGAGCUGGCUCGCGUACCAAUGUUGGCACACGCGCGCCGCCUGACACUUUACCAGACCUUGACGAAGGGCGUCAGGUGGAGCCACGAUGGGCAAGUCCUAAGUUCAUAAUGCCCUUAGCCCCGCUCGGUAUCUCGGCCCUGGCACCCCACGUCUGUCGGACAAGCAGAAGUUUGGAAGGAGAUCAAACUAGUGCAAAAAGGUCCCUCAAUGACAACAGGGACCCCAGUUGUGACCGCACACAGGCCUGCGCUCACAGGCCGACCUCGGAGGGGAUCGCUGAUAUAAAAUCUUCGAAUGGUGAUGAGUUGAGUCAUGAAAAGGGAACUAAAAUAAAGUAUACUGAGAAGUCUUCAAAAAAGGGACAAGUGGACUUGAUCCCGACAUGUAAAACAACAACUGAGGAGAUCCACGAGCUCAGCGGAAGACUAUUAGACCUGGCUGAUGCCCCCGCAGAUCAGUUCUUUGUCUCACAGAAGAAGCGCGUUGCAUUCAUCACUUUAGAUUUGAAUGACCCAUUUGUCUCCAGGGCUGCAAAACCCAUCGCCAAAGGCACACAGUCCGACUUGAAUCAGACGAAAGCUGAGAAGAUGCCACGCAAAACACACAAAACUACCUCGGAGAGCAAAGCACGCUCUAAAAAGGACAAAACAGCUGGUCAUUAUCACGGAACACAAGCUUGCAAGAAACAGGAGGCUUUAUCUCAUCAUGUUUCCGCCCAGCAGGUCUGUAAACAGCAAGAAACUCAUCCUCUCACCGGGGAAAACCACACUGGCGAGAAUAAUCAAGUUGGGCUGCUGGAUAUGGAGGCCAAAUUGGUGAUUGACGCUGGUUCGACAACUGAGAAGGCUCCGAGCAAACCACAUGGCAAGAAGAAGAAGAAAAACACUGGGCUGAAUGGUGUCGGGGAGCCACUGGUGGAGGUGGAGAACGGAGCGAAACCAAAGACAGCGAAAGGGAGGAUUGAAAUGUUUGAGGCCAAGCUGGGUGCGAAAGCUGUGAAAGCUCCAAAGGACGGCGAUCACUCAGAGGAGAAAAUGUCACAGCAACCAGAAGCCAAAGCUAGAGCUUCCCAGGGAGAAAAACCUCAACAUCACGCAGAUCACAAAGACCACCAGCCGAAGAAAUUCACCAGUCCGCCGAACGACGAUAUUAUCAAAAGACGACGGCUGUCAGAAGACAAGUUUGGGAAAUUAUCCAAGCCGGACGUUUCUACACAGACAAAGGGAGAGGAGCCCAAGGUGAACACGGGGGCAACUCGCAGGAAGGCGUUUGGUGACGUGGUCAAACCGAAAAUCCCCCCAAAGGAAGACCCCAAGGUGGUGCAGCCCAUUCAGACGGCUCCGGUGAGCGGGGACCCCCGGAGCCUGUGCCUGUGGUGUCAGCUUACGGCCGCCUCCUACCAAUGCACCGUCACCUGGAGCAGGGGGGGCGCUGUCCUGUCUGAGAGCAAGAGAAGUGCAGGGGAUGACAGCAGAGUGUCGCUGACCAUCUCCAAUGCUUCUCACAAAGACUUGGGCAAGUACCAGUGUCAGCUCACCAGUUCACACGGAUCGGUGACCCUGGACUACCUGCUCACAUACGAAGUUCUCUGUGAGAUUGUUGUUCCUCCCUCUCCGAACACAAUCGUAUCAGCCCCCGUAGAAGACGGGAGCGAAGAAGAAGACGUUCACUGUUCCAAGUUGAUUUUUAGGGAGGAUUUUCUAUCCAACCAACACUUUGGCGAGAACCAACACGCCAGCAUAAUCACAGAGAAGGUCCAUUUUGGGGAGGGAAUGCACCGGCGGGCUUUCCGGACCAAGAUGCAGUCAGGUCAGAUACCGCUGUUCCUACCCGGACACCCCUGUGUGCUGAAGGUACACAAUGCUAUCAGCUACGGGACAAAGAACAACGAUGAGCUCAUUCAGAAGAACUUCAGCUUGGCCGUAGAGGAGUGUCACGUCCAGAACACAGCGAGAGAGUACAUCAAGGGGUACACGACCGCGGCCCGGACCGUUGAAGCCUUCGGAGAGGUCCCGGAGAUCAUUCCCAUUUACCUGGUCCACCGUCCUUCCAAUGACAUCCCGUAUGCUACGCUGGAGGAGGAGCUGGUCGGAGACUUUGUCAAGUACUCGGUGAAGGACGGGAAAGAGGUCAACUUGAAGAGACGCGACUCGGAGGCGGGACAGAAAUGUUGUGCUUUCCAGCACUGGGUGUAUCACAAGACGGAGGGCAACCUGCUGGUUACUGACAUGCAAGGAGUGGGAAUGAGGCUUACUGAUGUGGGAAUAGCCACCUGUAAGAAGGGAUACAAGGGCUUCAAAGGAAACUGUGCCACCUCCUUCAUUGACCAGUUCAAAGCGCUGCACCAGUGCAACGCGUUCUGUGAGCUCCUGGGCCUCAAAUCCCUGCAGCCCAAACCCAAAAAGCCAGUUUCUGCUCCAAAACCCAAACCACAACCUUCUGCUGCGGCCAAGAAGAAAACAUCUGGGCCAUCGGUGAAGGGCAAGUCAUGAGAGGACGAUCCGGGAUUACGGGCGUUUAUUUUUUAUUGAGGGUCUUCUGUGAUUUUCUUUCCUCUCGUUGAACCUCGUCGCGCAGAGUUUGGUAACUGCAGAAGGACGGACGAGGACGAGGAAAAAUGUAUUUGACCUCCAGGAAACGCGAUGGUUGACUCACUGUCGCUUCGUAGGAGGAUUAUUUUUCAUUUCAUGUUUGACAUUUGAGAGAUUUAUUUUAUUUCACUGAGAUAUUCGAGAGGAUACUUUAUUUUAAUAGUUUUUGGCAAACUGUGACACAAUUAAGAAACACUUGAAAGUGAUGAUGUUGAUGCCGAGUUGGAGGAGUUUGAUGUCUUAGCGAUUGCAUUAUUGAUGAGGCGGCAGAUUUUUUUUUUCUACUUUGGUGAUGUUUUCAAACAAUUAGUUCAUUAAAUUAAUGAACUUGUUAACUAAUUGAUUAGCGUAAAUGUCUGUGAUAAAAUAACCACAGUAGAAUGUGCUGUAUUGGAUUCGGGGUGAGCAGGUCACUCUUGUGUUUGACCUCUGAGGCGAUGAAGGUUAUUUAUUUAUUGUUCCACUAUUAUGACCUUUGUUCAUUUAGUAAAUGCUACCGAUUCAGAACAAGCUCAUAUUUAUAUUCUGUAGACAACACAAAGACAUUUUGUUCACGUAAAAACUUGUGCAAAGUAUGAAACUGAAUGUAUUCACUAAAAGAUGUGAGAUUUAUUGAUUUAUCAUCAUGUUGUCUGGUGCAAUACCGCCUGUAAAUAUUUAUUUCAAAGAUCCAUACUGUCCUGGUUCAGCUCGAGCUAAGAGAGAGACAUGCAAGACUAAAGACAAACCUGACACGUUAAAUCCACACAUGAUCCCACAAACAUACCAGCAAUACAUCUUUACGUAAUAACCAUCUCUGUGUGUCUUUGCUUUUUAAAUUCCUGACCCAAAGUGCUGUCAAUGCUCCCAGGUUCUAGCGUGUAAGCGGAACAUAGUAGAUCUUUGUUAUUAAAGAGCUAUUGGUUAUAAA